UUCAAGAGAAUUUAUUUCUUCUCGCACUUGACUCUCACGCAUCUUUUAAAUUAUCGUCCCACAUAAUUUUUACAACAUUUUAACAUUACCAAGCGUUUAAAUCUUUACACGAUUAUUUCCCUUUGCAUUAACAACGAAAACAACUCCUUUUCACCCAUUCACAACAACAAAAACUGUUUUUUUUUUUUCGGGGAAAAGGUUAAUAACGUGACAAACAACAACACGUAUAAUAACGUGGAAAGCAAGCCAUAUAUACCGGGUCAACAGCUGGAUACUGGCAGCACGAAUACACGAGUGACAAACGAGUUUCGCCAUUUCUUCUUUCAAGUUACCCGCUCCGCAGUUGUAGUGGAAGUGGCGAUCCGUGUCGUAGGGAAACAUGUUUGGCCGCAUAAAAAAUUGAAUCUCGAAACCGUGAACAGAACACCGGUGUGGUGUGAACAAGCGAGAACAAGAGGCGGAAAAAGGAGAAAUGGAUGCGAUCAAACCUGGAUGGUUCAGUGAAAUUAACGAUCUGUGGCCAGGUGUAUCAUUGUCCCUCGAGGUCGUCAAGGUACUCCAUCGAGAACGAUCGCAGUAUCAGGACGUGAUGGUGCUCGAAACGAAAUCACAUGGAAGGACCCUAAUUUUAGAUGGUAUCAUUCAGUGCACGGAGAGAGACGAGUUUUCGUAUCAGGAGAUGAUUGCUUUCCUACCAUUGUGCAGCCAUCCAAAUCCAAAAACUGUUUUGAUAGUUGGAGGUGGAGAUGGCGGAGUUGCUCGCGAAGUAGCUAAACAUCCACAGGUGGAACGGAUCGUGCAAGUCGAGAUCGAUCCAAAAGUGUUAGAGGUAUCGAAAAAAUACUUGCCCUCGAUGGGUGUCGGGCUGGAUCACCCUAAAGUCACGCUUAACAUAGGCGAUGGUUUUCAAUUCUUGAAGCAACACAGUGGCCAAUUUGACGUUAUAAUCACCGAUAGCAGUGACCCGGUCGGUCCGGCAGAGUGCCUAUUUCAAGAAUCAUACUUUAAUCUAAUGAAAAGUGCGUUGAAACCAGAUGGAAUCGUUUGCAGUCAAGCGGGGACUGCGUGGUUGAACCUCGAUCACGUGACGCAAACAUUGCAACGUUGCAAAUCUUUGUUCCCAGUUGCGUCUUAUGGCGUUGUUUCCGUGCCUACUUAUCCUACAGGUCAAAUUGGAUUCGUGCUCGGGGGAUUAAAUCCUGAAACGAAUUUCAAGGAGCCAACAAAAGUUUUCAACGACACCGAGCUUGACCAGAUGAAUAUGAAAUACUAUAACGAUCAAGUGCAUCGGGCAGCAUUUAUUCUCCCAAGGUUUAUAACAAAGGCAUUGGACAAGUCACUCGCUAAAAACUAGUCGUCAAAUUUCUCUUAAAGGAAUAAUUUAAAACUUUUUUUUUCUUUUAUAAAAUUGAAGACUUUUAACGCAUCGGAAAUAUCAUUGUCGCCGCUUAUUUGUUCAACUACCUCGUAUUCCAAUCACGUGAAUAAUCAUCAAAAUGUAUAUCUUAUAUCGCUUCGAUCCACAUUAUUCGAGUAUAUAUUUCGCAUCAAUUUUUUUUUUAAUUGUUCACAAUUAAUGAAUGAUUCAACGAUCGAAUUAAAAUAAUUUAAAUAUCCUGUUGAAUUCUUUAAGUCCUGAUUUGUAUAAUACGUAUCUUCUUUCUUUUUCGAUCAAAUUUUUGUACUACUAUUAAAUAUAUUCGAAAACUAUCGAGUAUUCGAGAAAUAAAUAUUCUGAAUAUUUCACGUAUACAAUUUUUCUUACAUUGUGAUCAAACUCUAAGAAUAUUUGUAGCUUCACGAUAUUGUAAGGACUUAAAGAAUUAAAAUCGUACAUACAUAUAUAUAUAUAUCUUUCACUUUUGUCAUUCAUUUACCACAAAAUACGUAAGAUAAAAAGAAAUGGAAAGUUUCACAGUUUCGAAUGAGACCCACGACAAUGAAAUGUUAGAAACUCUUUAUUAUUUUUUUAAUAUAAUUAAUAGGGCUAAUACCUACACUCGAGAAUAGUCGUUGUAAUAUAAUUAUAAUGAAACAAUAUUCAUCGUCAUAAUCAUCUCGUAGCUGUACGUACAUUGUAAUUAAUAAUAAUAAUAGUAAUAAUAAUAAUAAUAAUAAUAAAAUUAAUAUUAAUAAUAAACCAAUAAUAUAAUAUAAUCUAAUAUAAUAAUAUAAUAUUACAACUUGUAUAACAUUCCACGAUAAGAUUUAAUUAUAUUAAUUGUAUUAAAUACAAUGGAUUAAAAAUAUCCUGUAUAUAAAUCUGGAUUGUCAAAAAACAAUGAAUAUAAAGUGUUUUAAAAUUUGUAAAAA